CCUUCACUUCACCCUCUCGCUACCCCUUCCUCUCUCCCUCCCUCUCUCUCUCUCUCUCUCUCUCUCUCUCUCUCAGACAGGGACCAAGAACAUCCUCAGACAGUGCAAAGAUGAUGUACGAGCAGCAACAUGCGGUGUCAGCCGCGGCGGCUGUGCCAGGGACCCAGCAGGCACCGACGAGGUUGCACCACCACCAACAGUACGUGAUGGGGAGCAGCAACAACAAGAACUAUAAGGCAGCUGGGGUGGAGGGGUCGGGCUCGGGAUCGAGGAGGGCGGGAGACCCGGGGGAGAGGCUGGAGAUUGUGGAUCUCAGCGGGCUCUCGCUCGACACCCUCCCCAGCCCUUCCCUCAACCUCGGCAUCAUCUGCAAACUCGAUCUCUCCAACAACAACCUUCAGAAUAUACCAGAGUCAUUAACGGCAAGAUUGCUGAAUGUGAUGAUACUCGAUGUUCACUCGAAUCAGCUGAAAGCCCUUCCGAAUUCGAUUGGUUGUCUCUCCAAGCUUAGGGUUCUCAACGUUGCCGGCAACCUUAUUGAAUAUCUGCCUAAGACCAUUGAGAACUGCAAAUCCUUAGAAGAAUUGAAUGCCAACUUCAACAAGCUGAGCAAGCUACCCGACACGAUCGGGUUUGAACUGACCAACUUGAAGAAGCUAUCGGUAAAUUCCAACAAGCUAAUGUUCCUGCCCCGGUCGUUGUCCCACCUGACUGCACUGAAGGUCCUCGACGUGCGCCUGAACUGCCUGCGUUCCCUGCCGGAAGACCUCGAGAACCUUAUCAACCUGGAGACCCUAAACGUGAGCCAGAAUUUCCAGUACCUGGAGUCGCUUCCCUACUCAAUCGGCCUUCUCAUCUCAGUCGUUGAGCUUGACGUGAGCUACAACAAGAUCACAUCCCUGCCCGACUCGAUGGGGUGCAUGAAAAAGCUCCAGAAGCUCAGUGUCGAGGGCAAUCCGCUCGUGUCUCCGCCCAUGGAGAUAGUGGAGCUGGGCCUCCAUGCAGUGAAGGAGUACCUCAGCGAGAAGAUGAACUCAGGCCACCAGAGCGCAUCCAAGAAGAAGUCCUGGAUCGGGAAGCUCGUGAAGUACGGGACCUUCAACGGGUCGAACAACCUCAACAUUGGGCACCGUGAGGAGAGAGAAGGGUUUAUCAUGUCCGACUACCGGUCCAUCGAUGGGCUCGCAUCGCCGAGGUACACUGGCAUGUUUUCACCACGCCGUCUCUUCUCGCCCCGUUCUUACUUCUCAAGAUGAACACCAAUACGUGUUCCUGAGACUUAUAUGGAUCUCGCGGUCAUAUAUAUACACACAUAUACAUACAUACAUAUAUAUAUAUACACACACACUAAUGUUCAUCAUCGUAGAGUGAAUUCUCUCUUUUUUUCUUUGCCUUUUUUUUUUGGUUUCUUUCUCUCUCUCUCUCUGUUUUUUUUUUCAUGCGUGGUUUGUGCAAUGGUAAACUUGCAUGCAUGGGAUAUCACAUAGGUCACAUAUUUAAUUAGAAUUUGGUCAUAUACAUAAUGUAUAUGUAUUCUAGGGUCAACUCAUCCUUUUUGCACCAAAUUAGGUUUAGCUGCAGAAUUCUUCCCCCUCCUUUUGGCAUCAUGUAUUGUGCCUUUAGUUUUCAUGAAACAGAGAAUUAUAUGAUGAACUAAACGUGUAAAACCCAUUUGCUUUCUGGUUCUUCUCUGAUGAAAAAAAAAAAAGAAGAAAGAAAAAAAAAGGGGUUAUAUGCAGCAUCAAUAUCUCAGACCUAGUAAAUCCUUAACCUUUUCUCAGACCUCUUACUAAGACUACAAAACCUUUACUCUCGAAGGGGAACAAGAGGUCUAGUUCCGAUUCUCAUCAACAAAAUUCUUGUCCAAUUCUCACUGGUGAAA